GUUGAAGAUCACUGUGAAAAUGUUCGAGGCACCUGCAACCUUGUAUCAAGUCGCAAGUGUAACAAAAGAGCUCAAUGGCUACAGCUAUCUGCAAAAAGCAUUGGUGGAGGAUGCAAAAUCUGAAACAGCACGAAGGAAAGGUGCCCAAGAGCUCUGGAUGAAAGAUCGGAAGGAGGAGGAAAAAGGAAGUUUUGAUCAACCAGAGGAAGAUUUUACAGUAGCAAACUUUAGGAGAAAAUCCUUGGUAGAAGAUGCCAAAAUUGAUACAGCUCGAAACAAAGAAGCUCAGGAGAAUUGGAUAAAGGAACUGAAAAAGGAUGGAACAGAAAAUUUUGACCUCACAGAAGAAGAAGUUCUGAUUUUGAGCCAGCUCCCCAACUGUGAAUCAAGUGAUAAAAAUUUAACGACUGUUAUAUUCUCCACGCAAGAUGGCUUAUCUUCUCUUCCGGAAAUUCUGAAAUGUAUUGAGGUAAAAUUUGAUCAUCGAUCUCUAUUAUUAAAAUCCAACCUUAUCAAUUUUAUUCCGUGCCGGCUCCUGAGGUAGGCAACCUGUGCCACCGCCUAGGGCGGGUGAUUUUCGGGGCGGCAAGUUUCAUGAUGGCAAAAUGUAAGAAGGCAAAAAAAAAAAAAAAAAAUAAAUAAAUAAAUAAAAUUAAAAACUCAAUUUUCCCCCUUUGUCUGUCAAA